GAAGAAGAAAGAAGUAUUGGGGGGUAAAUGUUGAAAUUGCGAGAAUUUAGGGUUUGGAGGGAAGGGUUUGGAAGAUGGAUGAGCAGCGCGGUGAUGAGCUUUGGGGAUGGGACCCAGGGUGCUCUUGGGCUGCCCACAACGGUGACGGGGCUUGUUGGCGACGCUUACGAGCCCACUCGGAUCCCUGGGCUCCCCUCCGACGUGACCAGUGUGAGUGCGGGACACUACCACUCCUUGGCCGUCACUUCACAAGGUCAGAUUUGGUCUUGGGGUCGAAACAACGAAUCCCAGCUCGGCCGCGGCCUUCUUGCUCCUAGCAGAGACUCGUGGAAUGAACCGAAGAGAGUGCAAGGGUUGGAUAAAGUGAGAGUUUGUGCUGCAUUUGCAUCUGGGGUCAUUUCUGCAGCCAUUGGAGAUGAUGGGUCUUUGUGGGUGUGGGGGAGGUCGAAGCGUGGACAGCUUGGGCUUGGAAAAGGAAUCGUCGAGGCGGUUACACCUUCCAGAGUUGAAGCACUUGCGGGAGAAAAGAUAGCCAAGGUGUCAUUUGGUUGGGGGCAUGCACUUGCAGAGACUGAGGAUGGGAAUUUGUUUGGCUGGGGUUAUUCAGCUGAUGCUAGGCUAGGAAAGAUUGGGAAUUCUUUUGAGACGUCUCCUUUGGAUUCAACUGCGGGUAUAUCAGAAAACAGGGGACAACUCUCGAGCUCGACAAUCGAAGUUGCCGAGAAGCUGGUUUUAGAAGGAAUGGAGAAAGAGGAAAACAUGCCAAUAGUUUGGGAACCUUGUUUAGUUGAAGAACUACAUGGUGUUGAAGUUGUAGACAUUGCGUGUGGGCUUGAUCAUUCCUUGGUGCUUUGCCGUAAUGGCGCCCUGUUGAGCUGUGGGAGCAACAUAUAUGGUCAGUUGGGCAGAGCAAAGCAAGAUUUGGGAAUGUUGCCAGUUGACAUAAGCUUUAUUCCCGUGUCUAUAGCAUCAGGUCUUGGCCAUUCUUUGGCAGUUUGCAAGGUUGCAUCAUCGGAUACUAUGGGAGAUGCAACAAGCAUUGUUUCAUGGGGAUGGAAUCACAGUUCUCAGCUGGGAAGGACAGGGCCAGAGAAUGUCCCAUUGGAGGUUGAAGGAUUGGGUGAGGAAAUUCCUGUCUCAGUGUCAGGAGGGCGUGUACAUUCCAUUGCUCUCACAUCUAAGGGAGAAGUGUGGGUUUGGGGCUGUGGCAAGAAUGGCAGGCUUGGGUUAGGAAGCUCCUGUGAUGAAGCUGAGCCAAUUUUGCUCGACUCUUUACAAGGCUGCGAGGUUUUACAAGUUGUCUCAGGAUUUGAUCAUAAUCUAGUCCUGAUUGCUGAAUGAUGUUAGCCUUAAUAGAACGUCUGUGACUAAAUUUUUCCUCUUUCUAUGUCUCUGAUAUGACUUGUUGGAUUCUUGAAAUUCUAGUAGCUUUCAUGUAUUUGAAUAUAAAUUAAAUUAUUAAAUUCA